AACAAAAUCAACUCAAAAUGGUUGAUAUGCAGAUUUUCAAUAGGUUUCAAUAGGUACAUUUAAUGUCAGAGAAAUGUAUACAAUAUACAACCUGAAAUUCUUUUUCUUUGCGUCAUAACUUAUCAAGCAGAAAGGACUUUCAACACGUUAGUUAGCACUUACCCAUUGUUCUCACAAACUGAAUAUUCAUCUUCCCCCCCCCCCCCCCCUUACUCCAAGUGUAUGAGGAAUGCAGGACAUUUUUAUGUCUGGAUUAUCUUCUCAGAUGUUAUCAAGUAGCACAGUUAAUAGAAUACUGGAUGAGUGCCGUUUCUGUUGCAAUUUUGGAAUUUCCCAUUGUAGGUAGCAGUUCAGAUUUUGCAUUUGUCUAAGACCCCAAACAGACAAGGGAAAAGCCAGCUAUGAUUCCGAAACCUUGUCUUAUCUAGAAAUCUCUUGUUAAAUACAGGAUAUAAAAUCUGUUUGGGUUCAAUACCUCUUUUUCAGUAUUUGGCUCACACUUGGCCAUUUAAGGCAGUUCCAAGGGAGUAUUUAUGUCUGGAAUUCAAUGAAGAAGAUGGAAUUUAAACAGAUUCCAAUGCCCAAUGCACAGAGUCCAAAAUUAGUUUAGUAACAAAGUGGAGGAAUCUUAUUGUACCAAGUCUCCCAGGUCUAAGGUUCACUAAAGAAAUAUUAUACAGAUAUACUAGACUGUAAGAUAUACAGCCUGUCUGAUUAAUUUAAACUGUUUACAUCACGUGCAAUGCUGAAAUCAAGAUUGUGACGGAAUCUUCUCCCUUUGCCUUGAUGAGUGCAGCUUCAACCAUAUUGCAGUUCACUUGAUAGGAACCCCAUGCAAACUUUACCACCUCAAAGGAUAAGGGGAGCAAAGGUACGGGAAUACCACCAAUUAGAAGUUGUUUCCUAUGCCACACGCCAUCCUGACUUGAAAAUAAAUCCCCAUUCUUUUAACGUAGCCGGGUCAAAAUCCCAAAACUCCCUACUAUACAGCAUUGUGGGUAGAACUAAGUGUCAAGGCAUGUAGUUAUUCAAGAAAGCAGUUCACCACCACAUUCUCAAGUCUAAAAGCAUGGAAUAAGUUUUGAAAGUUUUGUUCUUAAGUAUACUUACUACAUACGAUUACCUAAAAUAUUCAGAAAGAAAUUCUAAUAAAACAUUUAAUAUUUAUGAUCAGUGAUCAUGAUUUUCACUCAAUAUUUUUGUAAACCAGAAGCAGUUUACGAUGUAAAAAAUAGCAACUAGAACAUACAGAUUUAAGGUAAUUGACAAAAGAUCAGAAAUUACAUAAUUUUUAAACCACUACUUAUGAAGAUUGUGGAAUUAGAUUCAACAAGAACUUUCAAAAAUGAUAUUGACAUACACAUUCAGUGGCCACUUUUUUAGUUACACUUGCUCAUUAAUAUUUAAUUCACCAAUCAUUUGGCAGUAACUCAACGCAUAAAAGCAUACAGAUAUGGUCAAGAGGUUCAGUUGCUGCUCAGACCAAACAUCAGAAUGGAAAAGAAAAUGAUCUAAGUGACUUUGACUGUGGAAUGAUUGUUGGUGCCAGACGGGGAGGUUUGAGUAUCUCAUAAAUUACAAUUUUCAUACUCGUGAGUCUCUAGUUUAUAGAGACGUGUGAAAACCAAAAAAAAAAAAUCCAGUAAAUGGCAGUUCUGUGGGCCAGUACACUUUAAUAAUGAGAGAGGUUAGAGGAGAAUGACCAGACUAGUUCAAGCUGACAAAAAUGCAACAGCAACUCAAAUAACCAACAACAGUGGUUAUUUGUAAUGUAACAGCGUUAAAACAGUAGUGUGCAGUAGAGCAUCUUUGAACACUGAAGUGGAUGGGGUACAGCAUCUGAAAACCACAGCGGGUUCCACUCCUGUACCUAUUAAAGUGGGCACUGAGUGUAUGCAUCAGUAGGGUGAAUAGGAAAAGGCAAGGGUGUGGGGCUAAUUAGAUAGAUCUUUCAAAUUUUUGGAGAACAAUGGACUGGAUAGCCUCCAUUUGUGUUCCAUUGUAAUACAAGUUCACUACCCAGUAGAAAUAUAACACACUUUUCUCUUUUCUGUAAUAGCCUUCCUAUUUUGAAUGAUAAUCAUAGCUUAUAUCUAAAAUGUCAUUUUGCUUUACCAAAACCUUCAGGUAUUCUUUUAUCUUUAACUCCAUUAACAACUUAAUACAGAAAUUAUCUCUCUCAUCUCUCUGCCAAUACUGAAAACACUGAACAAUAAUACAUUGAACAUUCACAGGUAACAUAAAACAUCACUGGCAGAGAUUAAAUAUCCAUUAAAAAAUGGACUUGGAAAUGAAAAAAUUAGCACCAGGACUGGCAACUAAUAGAAGUCUUUUUGGAAAAGGUCUAUUUACUGGAUUAUUCUACGUGCUUUGUUUUAAAUGCCCUUACAAGAUCUGCAUUUAUUAACCACGUUGAUUUGCUCCUGUGAUCAUGGCAAUGAGUCACUUCAUCGAACCAUUUGUCCUUUGUUUAAAGAACCAUAUAGUGAUUAGUAAUUAAGAGUUCCAGUAUUUAGACACAAUGCUGAUGAAGGAACAGCAUGUUCCCCUGCAAGUCAGGAUUACUUGAAAGGGGGGUGUUACUGUGUACCUUCUGAUGGCAGAUUUUACAGGUUUAAGAGAUGCUGAAGAAAUCAUGGAGACAUUUUGCAGUGCAUUUUGGAUAUUGAGGCCUGCUGUAACUAAGGAGUGCUGAUGAAUGGAAAUAUGCUCAUGGUUGUCAAUUAUGUGCCAAGCAAAAGGUGGUUUUGGCAAUGAAUGGAUGUUAUUAGAACUGCAAUCAUUUAUAUGAAAAUAGAGCAUUUUAUAUCUGGCUUGUGGCUUGCAGAUGUUGGAAAGGCUGCUCAGAGAGUUAAGAAUCAACUCAUUCCCUGCAAAACACACAGGCUAUAAUCUAUUCCUUCUGGUGUUGGUCUAGUUAGUUCUAAUUAAUAGUGACCCUUUGGAUAUUAGAAUAUGGGUUACUCAGAGAAAUCAAUGGUAUUGCAUGGCAUGGAGAUGAUUAGAGAUAUUCUUACUGCAAAAGCCAUUGCUAUUUGAGGAGCUAGAUAUAGAAUGGAACACUUCCCAUUCAUCAGAGAACAUCUCCACUUUUAAUGAAAAGGCCUGGAAGCAGAAGCAGCGAAAAAAAAACAGCUCUUUCAUGUGCCGCUCAAGUUUCCAUCAGGUGGUGCGUAAUUAGCGAAGCAGAAAAGUUAAAAUGCAAUGAGUUGAAAAAUAAAAUGAAAGGAGACUCAUUGCAGUGCAUAAGGAGGAAUAAUGUUAAAGAAUGUUUGCAUGCCAUCAAGGAUAGCACAGCAGAUGCUAUAACUGUGGAUGGCGGAGAUAUAUAUGAGGGAGGCCUUUUAUCUCAAGGACGCCUAAAGCCACUUGCAGCGGAACAAACUACGGGAGAGACAUGCUACUACGCUGUAGCAGUUGUAAAAGCAGAUAGCAGCUUUUCGUUCAAACAGUUGGCAGGCAAGAAAUCAUGCCACACUGGUCUAAAAAAAUCCAGUGGCUGGAUCAUCCCAGUAGGAACUCUUCUGAAUUUUUAUCCACAAAGAUGGAACAGAGAGGACAGAGUUGAAAAAUUUGUGUCAGAUUUUUUCUCUGCCUCUUGUGUCCCUGGUGCGGAUAAAAACCUAUUUCCAAAGCUGUGUCAGCUGUGCAAAUCUAACUGCCAACGAUCACACGCUGAGCCCUAUUAUGAUUACACAGGAGCAUUCAACUGUUUGAAAGAAGGUGCUGGAGAAGUGGCCUUUGUGAAACACACUACAGUCCCAGCUAAUCUGAAGAAUGAUUACAGACUUCUUUGUAAGGAUGGUACCAGAAAGAGCAUUGAUGAGUACAAGAAGUGUAACUGGGCAAGAGUCCCUGCCCAUGCAGUAGUGGUGAGAAGUCGUUCAACUGAUAAUAUCAAGAAUGAGAAGAUCUGGGAUUUCCUCUCAAGAGCUCAGGCAAAAUAUGGGCAAAAUAGUACUGCAGAUUUUAAGCUCUUCCAGUCAACAAAAUAUCUUCAAAAGAAUCUGAUGUUUAAAGAUUCAGCAGAAAAGCUUGUUCGCCUCCCUGAAGGAAUGGACUACCUACAUUAUCUCGGCCCGAAUUAUGUAUCAGCUCUAAAGGCCAUGAGGAGAGAGACCAGUGUUUCAGACGGUGUCAAAUUACGCUGGUGUACCAUUGGCGAAGCAGAGAAAAGUAAAUGUGAUAACUGGGCUACAGCAGUUGACUGUGUGUCAGGUGAUAAUGCUGAGGACUGCAUCAAACAAAUCAUGUUUGGCAAUGCUGAUGCAGUGACCCUUGAUGGUGGCCAGAUUUACCUUGCAGAAAAGUGCGGUCUUGUUGCAGUUAUGGCAGAGUACUACGACAAAAAAAAUCAUGCCCCAUGCAGUAAACCAGCAACUGCAGGAAAUCCACCCUCUUACUAUGCUGUGGCUGUCGUGAAAGAUCGAAGCCUGACCUGGAGCAAGCUGAAGGGGAAGAAGUCCUGUCACACGGCUGUUGGCCGCACUGCAGGGUGGAAUGUUCCCAUGGGAACAUUGGUUGAAGAGGGAAAAAUCAAUGCCUGUGAUAUUUAUAAUUCUUCAUAUUUCAGUGCAAGCUGUGCUCCAGGGGCAGAUAAGAGUAUUCCCAGACUGUGUGCCCUGUGUAUCGGUUCGAAAGAUAAACUAGAUACACAAAAUAAAUGUGCUUCUAACAGCAAUGAGCGCUACUUCAGCUACAGUGGAGCCUUCAGGUGCCUUGUGGAGGCAGGUGAUGUUGCUUUUGUGAAACAUACAACUGUACCGGAGAAUACUGAUGGGAACGGAGUACUACCUUGGAAUCAGAAACUACAAUCUACCAAUUAUUAUCUGCUGUGCAAAAAUAAUACCGUGGUCAACAUCAAUCAGUACAAGAAGUGCCACUUGGCUAAAGUCCCAGCACACGCUGUUGUGACUCGAUCAGAGAAAAAGGAUGAAGUUGUCCGACUUCUGAAAACAGAACAGCUGAAACACGGUAUUAACGGGACCCAGGUAAGCACAUUUGCAAUGUUCAGCUCCGGGACUUGGGGGAAGGACCUACUUUUUAAGGAUUCCACACAGUGCCUCAUUGAGAUCACCAAGACGAAUGAUAACACUUUCCUGGAUAUGAACUAUGUGAGAUCAUUGGAAGCACUCAAUCGCUGUAAACAUCCUGCGCUCCUGGAUAUAUGUUCCUUUGAAAAGUGCUGAACCACGCAGGACUGACCUGACAAGAUUUGGGCACCAAGUAAUGCUAAAUCCUUCCAUCAGUCUGAAAAUAAUGACAUCAACAUAUUGCAGACCAACAUACAGUACCAUAAAUAUAUUUAAGUCACCUAUUGAUAGAAUAAGCAAAGUGUCCCGUGGAAGUAAUGGGGGAUUUACUUUUCAUCUGUGAUUCUGUAAUAAAAAUCAUCUUUUGCUUCUUCAAUAUUUUAUUAGCAUAUUUCUAAAUAAAAUCUGUAAGAUCAGUGGUUCGGCCAUUACAAUGGAGAGUUAAUCUUUUAUAUGUAGUGUUGUUAAGGUGAAUAGGGAAAAUGACCUAGAAGAAUUAUUCUGUGUGAUAUGAACAGAAUAUUGUUAAAGCAGUAAUAUUGGAAUUGAAUUAUUAUUGUCACAUGCACCAUGAUACAGUGAAAAGCUUGUCUUGCAUACUGAUAUGGAGAUCAAAUCAUUACACAAAGCAUUAGGGCAUUAACAAUGCAGAAUAAAGUAUGUGCCAGCACCAGAGAAUGUACAGGUAAACAAUAAUGUUGCAUGAUCAUAAUAAAAUAGAUUGAGGUCAGGAGUCCAUCUUAUUGUCGGAGGGAACCAUUCAUUACCUUAUAACAA